CGAUUUUACAUAUCUAUCACAGGUGUCUUUAUUAGACAUCAUGUAAACAGUACUUCACAUAAUUUUAAAUCCAGCUUUAAAAGCAGCCAACAGCCCCUAGAAUAUACCAAAUACCAAGUAGAAAUCACAAAUUAUUAAGUGUUGAUUAUAAAGUCCACGGGCAAUAAAUGGUUCCCAUUCACUCAGGGUGCUUUAAGGCUCGUGCAUCCUCUGGUGGCCCUUUGGCGUUGCUAGGACGACCGAGGGGGGUUGACCUGGGGCACGUGAUACACUUCUCUCGUCUCGUUCCUGCUUGCUUCAAGACAGUGCUGUCUGCGACUGCAACCGCCUUGAUAGAUUUGGGGAGGGGAGUAGGUUAGUACCCACGGAAUCUGGAGAGAGAGAGAGACAGAGGGAGAGAGAAAGAGAACAAGAACAGAGUUGGGCAUGAAAGAUGGAGCUCUCCGCGGUCGGUGAUCGUGUUUUCGCCGCGGAAGCCAUACUGAAGCGCCGCGUUCGCAAGGGUCGUCUUGAGUAUCUAGUGAAAUGGAAAGGCUGGGCCCUGAAACACAGUACUUGGGAGCCAGAGGAGAACAUCUUGGAUGACAGGCUGAUUUUAGGCUUCGAACAGAAAGAGCGGGACAGGGAACUCAGUGGGCCCAAGAAGCGAGGACCCAAACCCAAGACCUCAACAUCAAAGGCCCGCAGCCAGAAAGGAGAAACUUCCUCCAGAGCCUCCAACACCCGCCAGAGCGCCCCUCGCUCCUCCUCCACCUCCUCCUCCGGCAGCCAGCCACCCCCACCCUCCUCCUCCACCUCACACCCCUCCUCCUCGUCAUCGGUGGCGCCCUCCCCUAAACUGAACUCGCUGGCCGCCACCCACAAGCUGAAAAAAGACAUUCGCCGCUGCCACCGGAUGUCCCGCCGGCCGCUGCCCCGCACCGACCCCCUGGCCCCGCCCUUCGGGACGCCGGGGGCAGCGUUCCACUCCCGCCCGGCCGUCUCCCCUUUCUCCGAGACCGUCCGCAUCCUGAACCGGCGCGUCAAGCCGCGCGAGGUCAAGCGUGGUCGCAUCAUCCUCAACCUCAAGGUCAUCGACAAACCAGGAAGUGGGGGGGGAGCGUCGUCGUCCGCGAAUCUCUCGUCCGGUCGCCAGAACAUCCCGUCCAGGAACCGCAUCAUCGGGAAGAGGCACGGGGAGGCUCCCUAUAGGCCGUUCCAGCCGCCACUCAAGAUGCUGGGCUUUCCCAUGUAUGGGAAGCCCUUUGGGCUCCAGUGUGGGGGGCCAGGUCCUCUCCACUCACGCCCAGGGACAGGCUCUGGUUCUGGAGCCGCAGGGGCCCGGGACACCCCCUCCUCUGGAGGUUCCCAACCCCAGUACCAGCCGCCGCCCUCACCUUCCAGCUCCAGUGGUUCUGAGGCCAACCCUCCCUCCCCGUCCCUGAACCAGGCCGGCCCUGCUGCUCCUCCUGCCCCUAUGCCCGCCCCGGGGGCCACCACCUUGGGGUUGCCUUCCAACUCGAGCCCCCGGCCUGAGCCCAGCCCGGGCCUCCCUCCAGAACCUCAGAAAACCGCGACCCAGGAAGAGGCCGCUCCCGCCCCGUCCGUCUCCUCUGGCGGCCCCAGCCCGGCCCCCGCUGCCCCCUUCCUCCCCUCCUCCCCCUCCCUCUCCUCCGGCUCCUCCCCGGAGGAGGAUGACGAUGAUGAAGAUGCCCUGGACCUUUCUCGGGAGGGCAAGAGGAAGACCCCACGCAGGCGGCGACGCCAACACAAGCGCCCGGCCGCCUCCGACAGCACCGCGUCCCCUCUCCCCCGCGACCCCGCCCCUGCCGGCUGCCCCGCCCCCGCUAACCCCGCCCCCGCCGGCGGCCCCCAGAGGGUGCCCGUGGAGGGGGAUCCCGACUGGCGGCCCCAGCUGGCGCCGAGCCGCGAGAACGUGGUGGUCACCGACGUCACCUCCAACCUCCUCACCGUCACCAUCAAGGAGUUCCCCUCCCCCUCCUCCCGCCCCGCCUCCCCCUCCGCACCCCCCGAUAAGACCCCCGCCACACCCUCCCCCGCCCCAGGAAACCCCUCCCAGCCCAAGCCAUAGGAAGACUUCCAAAGUAGAUGCCAUCGAUUGCCAUUGUAGCUAAUACGUAAAAUACUGAGACAUUUGAAAUACUGCAAUUAUAAUACUCCCCUUUAACUAUUGAAUUAUGUAACGAUAUGGAAUGGAAUGAUUUGUAGUGUAAUGUUACUCCACACCCAGCCAUGGGAAUAGUACGAGAGCUUAUUUUUUUGAAACUGAAACAUGCGUGGACCUGGUGGGCCUGGUAAUAUGGGCUUGGCCUCAUUGAUAUCCGCCAUCUUGCACAGGAAAACAAAAGCAGCGACGGGAUCCUGGGUGCGUUUGAUUCGGCUCACCUGGCAUGAGAGAACCUUGGGUGCUGUUCCCACCCGUCCCAAAGGGGUUAAAUCCAAGUUCACCUGAGGUUGAAUAGGAAGUAAAGAAACUGGUUUGGUGAAGAUUCAAGUCUGGAGGCGGGGUGUUGCUAGGGAACCACCGUCUGUGUUUCGGUCUUUGUUUCACCCAAUUUCAUUGGACGUCCAUCGCGCAAAGGGUUAAAUGAGGUAACCGGCGGUAUUUUGCACUUAGGUUGUUGGACUCUGCAAAACUGCGUAGACGCGUUGAGGUUAUAGCAGGGCACUCCACUGCGAAAAAAAAGAAAACGAC